GAGAAAAUGAUGACAUUUGUGAAGAACGAGCUGAAGAUGUUCAAGAGGAUUCUUAGUCCAGAACUCCCAGAAGGCUAUGAGAGUCAGAAGCAGGAUAAGGAAGUGGUGGAUGCUGAAGAUGAGAAGCAGGAGAGCAGUGCCAGAGAGGGGGCUCUGAAGAUCACACUGCACGUCCUGAGGAAGAUGAACCAGAAGGAGCUUGCUGACACACUGGAGAAAUAUGAGCUUGCUGUGAUUUGCCAACGUGAACUCAAAUCUAAUCUAAAGAAGAAGUUCCAAUGUGUAUUUGAGGGGAUCGCUAAACAAGGAAACCCAACACUUCUCAAUAAGAUCUACACAGAGCUCUACAUCACAGAGGGUGGAACAGGAGAGGUCAAUAAUGAACAUGAGCUGAGACAGAUUGAGACAACAACCAGGAAACAAGCAAGACCAGAGACUGCAGUCAAAUGUAACGACAUCUUCAAACCCUUAACUGGACAAGACAAACUUAUCAGAACUGUGCUGACAAAGGGAGUCGCUGGCAUUGGAAAAACAGUCUCUGUGCAGAAGUUCAUUCUGGACUGGGCUGAAGGAAAAGCAAAUCAGGAUGUCCAAUUUAUAUUUUCAUUCCCUUUCCGGGAGCUGAAUUUGAUGAAAGGGGACAAACACACUUUGAUUGAACUUCUUAAUCACUUUUCAAUGGAAACCAAACAAUCAAGAAUCUCCAACUACGGCAAGUACAAAGUUGUGUUCAUCUUUGAUGGUCUGGAUGAGUGCCGACUGCCCCUAGACUUCCAGAAGAACAAGAUCUGUUGGGACGUCACAGAGUCAACCUCAGUGGAUGUUCUGCUGACAAAUCUCAUCAAGGGAAAUCUGCUUCCCUCUGCUCUCCUCUGGAUAACUACCCGACCUGCAGCAGCCAAUAAGAUCCCUUCAGGGUGUGUUGACCAGGUGACAGAGGUACGAGGGUUCAAUGACCCACAGAAGGAGGAGUACUUCAGAAAGAGAUUCAGUGAUGAGGACCUGGCCAGCAGAAUCAUCUCACACAUAAAGACAUCAAGGAGCCUCCACAUCAUGUGCCACAUUCCAGUCUUCUGUUGGAUUUCUGCAACAGUCCUCGAACACAUGCUGAAACAUAAGAGAGAAGAGAUGCCCAAGACUCUGACUGAGAUGUACACACACCUUGUGGAGUUUUAUACCAAACAGAAGGAUGAAAAGUAUCUUGGGGAAGAAGAGACAGGUCCACACUGGAAUAAAGAGAGCAUUCUGUCACUGGGAAAACUGGCUUUUCAACAGCUUGUGAAUGGCAAUCUGAUUUUCUAUGAAGAAGACCUGAAAGAGGCUGGCAUUGAUGUCAAUGAAGCCUCGGUGUACUCAGGAUUGUGCACACAGCUCUUUAAAGAGGAAUGUGUUCUGUACCAAGACAAGGUGUACUGCUUUGUUCAUCUGAGCAUUCAGGAGUUUCUGGCUGCUGUAUAUGUGUUCCUCUCAUUCAUCAACAACAAUGAGAAUCUAAUGGCCGAACCGCAAUCAACGUCCAGGAACCUUUCUGCGCUGUUCAGAGACAAGUCUGAAGUUUCUUUCUACAAGAGUGCUGUGGAUAAAGCCUUACACAGUGAGAUGGGAAACCUGGACCUUUUCCUCCGCUUCCUUCUGGGACUCUCACUGCAGUCCAAUCAGAAGCACUUACGAGAUCUACUGACAAAGACAAGAAGCAGCUCAAAGACCCAUGAAAAAACAGUCAAGUACAUCAAGGAGAAGAUCAGGGAGAAUCCCUCUCCAGAGAGGUGCAUCAAUCUGUUCCACUGUCUGAAUGAACUGAAUGACCAUUCUCUAGUGGAGGAGAUCCAAAGCUACCUGAGCUCAGGAAGUCUCUCAAAACCCAACCUGUCACCUGCAGAGUGGUCAGCUCUGGUCUUUGUGUUGCUGACUUCAGAAAAGGAGCUGGAUGUGUUUGACCUGAAGAAAUACUCCAGAUCAGAGGAAGGUCUUCUGAGGCUGCUGCCAGUGGUCAAAGCCUCCAGAGCUGUUCUGCUGUCAGGCUGUGGAGUCACAGAGGAAGGCUGUGAUUCUCUGAUCUCAGUUCUCAGUUCAAACCCCUCACACCUGAGAGAGCUGGACCUGAGUAACAAUGACCUGAACGAUUCAGGGGUGAAGCUGCUCUCUGCUGGACUGGGGAAUCCCCACUGCAGACUGGAGACUCUGAGGCUGUCAGGCUGUCUAGUCACAGAGGAAGGCUGUGCUUCUCUGGUCUCAGCUCUGAGGUCAAACCCCUCACACCUGAGAGAGCUGGACCUGAGUAACAAUGACCUGAAGGAUUCAGGAGUGAAGCUCACACUGGACCUAAACACAGUAAACAGACUCCUCUCUCUGUCUGAGGAGAACAGAAAGGUGACAUGGAGGAGAGAGGAGCAGCCGUAUCCUGAUCACCCAGAGAGAUUUGAGGACUGCAGACAGGUGCUGUGUAGAGAGGGUCUGACUGGGCGCUGUUACUGGGAGGUAGAGUGGAGUGGGAUAAUGGGGGCUGGUAUAGGAGUGACAUAUAAAGGAAUCAGCAGGAGAGGAGGGGGUGAUGACUGUUGUCUUGGAUGUAAUGACAAGUCCUGGAGUCUGUUCUGCUCUGACGACAGUUACUCUGCCAGGCAUAAUAAUAAUCCCACUACCAUAGACGUCCCCUCCUCCAGACCCCACAGAGUAGGAGUGUAUCUGGACUGGCCAGCCGGCACUCUGUCCUUCUAUAGAGCCUCCUCUGACACACUGACCCACCUGAUCACAUUCACCUCCACAUUCACUGAGCCCCUCUAUCCAGGGUUCUGGGUUUAUAAUGACUCCUCAGUGUCCCUGAAAUAAU